AUGGCUAUGGAAAUUGUUAAGGCCUCCGAGGAGGAGGAGUUCGCCAUCAAGCCUCAGGCUGCUGUCCCCCAGUUGGACACCAGCAGCUGGCCUCUGUUGCUCAAGAACUACGACAAGCGCAACCCUCUGAAGAGAGACAUCAAGUCGUACAUCUCCUCCGGAGUCAUCAACCUGGACAAGCCCUCUAACCCCUCCUCUCACGAGGUCGUCGCUUGGGUCAAGCGUAUGCUCCGCGUUGAGAAGACUGGUCACAGCGGUACCCUUGAUCCCAAGGUCACUGGAUGUUUGAUUGUUUGCGUCGACCGCGCCACCAGACUCGUCAAGUCUCAGCAGGGCGCCGGUAAGGAGUACGUUGCCGUCAUCCGCCUCCACGACAAGCUGCCUGGCGGUCAGGCCCAGUUUGCUCGCGCUCUCGAGACUUUGACUGGUGCCCUCUUCCAGCGCCCUCCUUUGAUCUCUGCCGUCAAGCGUCAGCUGCGUAUCCGUACCAUCUACGAGACCAAGCUGAUCGAGUUCGACAACGAUCGUCAUCUCGGUGUCUUCUGGGUUUCCUGCGAGGCCGGUACUUACAUCCGUACCCUCUGUGUCCACCUUGGACUUCUGUUGGGUGUUGGUGGCCACAUGCAGGAGCUCCGCAGAGUGCGCAGUGGUGCCAUGGACGAGUCCAAGGGCAUGGUCACUCUGCACGACGUGCUUGACGCUCAGUGGAUGAUGGACAACACCAGGGAUGAGUCUUACCUGCGUAAGGUCAUCUCUCCCCUGGAGACUCUCCUCACUGGCUACAAGCGUAUUGUUGUCAAGGACAGUGCUGUCAACGCUGUCUGCUACGGUGCUAAGCUUAUGCUUCCCGGUUUGUUGCGAUACGAGUCCGCCAUUGAGGUCCACGAUGAGGUCGUCCUCAUGACCACCAAGGGUGAGGCUAUUGCCAUCGGCAUUGCCCAGAUGUCCACCGUCGAGAUGUCAACAUGCGAUCACGGCGUUGUCGCCAAGGUCAAGCGAUGCAUCAUGGAGCGUGACCUUUACCCCAGAAGAUGGGGACUUGGCCCUCUUGCAUCGGAGAAGAAGAAGAUGAAGGCGGACGGCAAGCUGGACAAGUUCGGACGCCCGAACGAGGCCACCCCCGCCAAGUGGGUGUCUGAGUACAAGGACUUCAGCGCUCCUGCCGGUGAUGCGGCGGCGGCUGCAUCGGCUGCGCCGGCCACUCCCCAGAAGGUGGUCGAGACCGUCUCUACCAGCACUGUCGUCACCCCUGCCAACAACGAAGAGGACGGCAAGAAGCGCAAGAAGCACGAGGGUGAAACUCCCGACGAGCGUGCCGAGCGCAAGCGCAGAAAGGCUGAGAAGAAGGCAGCCAAGGCCGCGAAGAAGGCUGCCAAGUCAGGCGAAGCUGACGAUGAUGACGACAGCGAGUAA